CGUUAAGCAUAAAGUCGAAGAUUAUAUUCACUCUUUUCUUCAAUUUGGCUUUUUUUGCCUUUCUUUCAAACAAUCAUUAUCUCAUCAACACCCAACCACCUUCCUUUUACCUCUUUUUUUUUUCUUUACAUUGACAAGUUGGCCGGUUCCACUUGAUCUUUGAUUUCCCUUUCCUUUUUCCAAUUCUUUUGAUCGAUUUCGUUUUUGGAUUCUUUUUCAAUUUUCUUUUUUGGCAAUCGUGGCACGUUUCAAAAUUCAGCAUAAAAUUAUAUCAACAUGAAUCCAAACAUUCUCUCAACCCAAAUCACUUCAGUUGGCUCUGCCGAACAAAUCACAGCAAAACGUGAAGUCGUAGUCAAUACGGACGAAAUGCGUAGUCGUACACGUUCUGCGCUCUUUCAAGCUUUGGCUUUACGCUGCAACGAAUCGGAUGAUAGCAGUGAUGAAACUGAAUCAAAUCACAGUUCAACAACGGCUGUUUCUGAAGAAGAUGAAGGAAGUGAUGAAGAAUACAAGCAAAGCAUCAGUCAAGAUCAAUAUCACAACAAUGUUCGUUUACCCAGCACAUUCUCACUUCAAUCCAAUGCACAUCAUUUCGAUCGCCGUGUUUCAAGUGCUUCACAAAGAAGCCCACAAGUGCAAAAACGUAUUUCUUCAUUGGCUUCCAAAAAUGCAAAUCGCAAUAGCUUCCGCAAUCGCCAUCGUCCCGCUCCAAUGGAACUAGCCUCUUCAACGCAUGCAAGUAUAACGCCUAGCAUCGAAAUCGAACAAGUAUUCGAUGAUGAUUCUGAGGCUCAAACUCAACAAGUGAUCGGUAAAGUAACCAACCAAGCCUCUGAUGCUCGCUUAGUUGCACGUACGAAAAUGAUGCAAGCUCUUGGACGCAACCGUUUGGCAAGUCUGAGAAGGAGCGAGAGUAUGGAUGUCUUGGUCGGUCAAACAGCUGACAAAACAUCUCCAAGUAGCAAUGCACGUUUGAGUCCAUCUGCUCUCACACCUCUUCCACGUACGCCUGGAACUGCAGCACCAAGAUCGCCAGGCACUGCAUACCAUCAAAGAAGCUUCAGUUGCCCAACACCACAAAGUCCCAUGUUGCACAACUUUGGCGAAGUGCAAGUAAUCGUUACUCCACCUACACCUCGACCUCAAGGCAGCCCAAUCAUUGGGGUAUUCAUCAAAGGUGUUCACAACCGUAAGGCAAACACAGACUCCAUCACGGGACAACAACACUUUUGUGCAUUUGACGAUAUGUGCAUGAGCACAGGCAAAUGUCGCACAGAGACAAAGCUGUCUGUUCCUGAAUUCGAAUUGGCACCAGGCAGAUCCAAAUUGAUUCAAGCACAACGGGCACAAGCACUGGCCAUGAUUGCAUGGCAGAAACAUCAAGAAGCCAACAAUCCUUGGCAUAAUGCGAUGUUUGGAAAUCAAGAUGAUGAAUCUCCAAGCAAAGAGGCUUUGAAUCAAGUUGGCCUGUUUGCUGAAAACCAGCAAUCUCCAAUCUUGCUUCCAGGUACUCCAGGUGCGCCAAGUCUAACACACGUUCAAGAAGUACGAGCGAUGCAAAGUAGACAUAUGCUCAAGCGAUCAUCAGCAGUUUCGAUGACAAGAUCAACGCAACAAUCCCAACCAAAUUCAGCAGCCACGGUUACUCCUGUUUCUAGUACAAAUGCAACCGUUGGAGAUGCUUUACAAUCAGCAAAAACCUCCUCUGCUUCUUCUUCUUCUUGGUGGCGUGAACCACGUUCGGCACCUUUGAGUUGGAACGGAAGUUCAGCAAGCGCAUAUAGCCAAGCAAGUGCAAUGUCUGGCACACAACCAAGUCCUGAAUCAUCCAUGGGUACGAUGACACAUUCUGCCUUUUCGAUGGUUUCCAAGCCAGGCGGUGUAAAGAGCGCAGCUGAUUCAUCUUUAAGUUGGAGACGCAAAAGUGUUGAUGAAGGUGAAAGUAGCGGAAGUGAUGAUUCAACUUGUGUGGCUAUCAAAGGUGCUAGUCCAAACAAGAACGGAAGUCGUUCUGCCAGUAGUGGAUUAUCGAAAUCUGAUCGUCCUUACGUUCCACCGGGAAAGCGCAAUGCUAUGCAAAGUCAACAAAGUGGCUUGAUGGGACGCAAAGAAGGAGUUGCAGCAGCGGAAGCAGCCAAAAAGGCUGAGAUCUUACGUUGGAAGAAUGAAACUGAAGCAAUCCGUAGUGCUCCAGCUAUUCGUAGCCUGGUAAUCCCAUCAAGCGUUAUCGAAAGCACUGCUGCUUCCCAUCAAGCCAUUGCACGUCAACGUGCUGCCAGUAGUAUGCUCUCUCGUUUGAGUCAUCGAACUGCUCCUGCCGCUCCUGCCACUCCAGCAUAAAAAAUGCGUCUUUUUUUGAUAUCAUCUUUAUCGUCAUUCUUUUUUAUUGUAUCCAUGUAAAGUUAUUUUAGUCAUCGCUCACUUUUCCUUUUGCCAUUCAUUUGAAAUUUUUCUCUAAUCCGAUUUCAUCAUCAUUAUCCGUUUGUGAUUGCGUAAAG